CGUCAAACUAAUGUGUUUAUGUAAAUGUAUAAUUCAGUUCUUUCUAAAUAUAUUAUUUUUGAAUUAAAAAUAUGGGACUUUUAACAAUUCUGAAGAAAAUGAAACAAAAAGAAAAAGAAAUGAGAAUUUUAAUGCUUGGCCUCGACAAUGCUGGAAAGACUACAAUUUUAAAAAGAUUCAAUGGGGAAGAAAUCGACACUAUUUCCCCAACACUUGGAUUUAAUAUAAAAACCUUAGAACAUCGAGGAUUUAAAUUAAAUAUGUGGGAUGUUGGAGGGCAGAAGUCACUACGAUCCUAUUGGCGAAAUUAUUUCGAAUGCACUGAUGGUUUAAUUUGGGUAGUGGAUAGUGCUGAUAAACGUAGAUUGGAUGAUUGCCGGGAAGAAUUACAUUCUUUGUUAUUGGAAGAGAGACUGGCUAGUGCUACGUUAUUAGUAUUCGCAAAUAAACAAGAUUUACCAGGUGCUUUGUCGGCAGAGGAAAUAAAAAAGGCGUUGGAUCUAGAUGGUAUUAAAACACAUCAUUGGCAAAUCAUUUGGUGCAGUGCAGUCAAUGGGGAAAAUUUACUGUAUGGAAUCGAUUGGUUGAUAGAUGAUAUUGCAGCUAGAAUUUUCACUUUAGAUUAAUUCAAAAUGGUCAUUUUAGUAAGCAUUUAACAAAUUUUACACUUCGUAUUGUACGUCAUUAAUAUUUUCGGCUAAGAAAAUGAUCCAUUUUCAAUAGCUGGACAAGUAAAAAAUUAUAU